AUGAGUGCCCACGCCGCCGCCGCCGCCGCCGCCUCCGCCUCCGACUGGUCCAGCCUUUUCCCGGAGCUCCUCGAGGACAUCGCUCGGCGCGUCGGCGAGGAUGACCGUAACCGCGACCGCGCGGCGUUCGCCGCCGUCUGCAGGCCUUGGCGCCGCGCGUCGAGCGCCACGGGGGCGCGCCUCAACCGCCACUCCCUGCACCUCGUGUCCCUCCGGCCCGGCGCCAGCGCCGUCGACUUCUCAUCCCGCCACGGCGAAGUUGUCAAGACCGCGUAUCUAGGAAGCGACGACGCCGGCACCGCAGGCGGCGCGCGGCCCCACCGCGUCAUCGGCUGCUCCCGCGGCUGGCUCGUCGUCGUGGACAGGGCGUGCGGCGCGUCGCUCCUCGAGCCCGUCGUCGACGGCAGGAGGCUCCCUCUGCCGUCCGUCACGUCCUUCGACUGCGGGUUCAUCACGCCCCUCGCCGGCAUGUACGGCACGGCGGGUUUCUCCGUGGACAACCACGCGUACCGGUCCCACAUCCGGUGCCCUCGGAAGAAGGUAUCGCCUCCGGAGACGGUGACGAUCCAGGCCAUGCGGGACGAGUUCUUCUACAAGGCCGCGCUAGCCGCGACGGGCAACCAGCCGGAGAGCUUCACCGUGAUGGUGAUCCACAGCGGCGGUUCCGGGCUGGCGUUCGCGAGACCCGGCGACGAGUCCUGGACGUCGGUGCGCACGUCCGCGUCGACGCGGUACGCGGACGUCAUCCACCACAACGGCGCGUUCCACACGCUCACCCGCGGCGACGGCUCCAUCGAGGCCUGGGAGAAAGUCGACGGCCGCCGCAACCUGAAACCGCGGCUCGUCACGGGGCCGGUCGUGACGUGGGAGUUCAAGCGGUGCGUGGAGUUCCACAGCGAGACGUUCCGGCAGCAGGCGUACUACGAGGGCGCCAGGUACCUCGCCGAGCGCGACGACGGCGGCGGCGGCGGCCUUCUGGUGGUGAGCACCGUGGCCAUCUUCGACGACGGGAACGCGCUGCGCACGCGCCGCUUCAAGGUGUUCGGCGUCGACGAGCGCCAGGGCGAGUGGCGCGCGCUGCAGGACGUCGGCGACGAGGUGGCGCUGCUCGUCGGGAUCAACCACGCGAGGCGUGUGUCGACGCGGGAGUACCCGUGCCUCAAGCCCAACUGCGUCUACUACGUUCUCAGAUCGUUCGCGCCGGAGUUCGACGCCAUGGAUGAAGAUGGACACGACGGGGAAGAAUGCUUGAGGUACGAGAGCGGGGUGUACGAUCUCCGGACUGGAGUCCCGUCCAGGAAAUCGGUCUUCAGGCGCGCCGGCGGCGGCCAUCCCGUCUGGUUCGUGCCUCCCGUGGCUGCUCCCCGCAGGUGACCAUGUUGUGUGUGCGCAUCAACUGCUCGUGCGAUGAUCCUGCUAGUCAGUUUUUUUCUGUGCAAGGUUCUCCAAAUAAUUUGUAGGCAAUGUUUCAAUUGGUGGACUUCUAAAGCUACCCAAUCCCAUCGGGAUUAGGAUUUGGUAGUUUAAAAAUAAUGAGUAAUUUGAUUGAAGAUAACCCCUAGUUCGCAU